AUGUCUACCGGCAGCUCGGAACUGAAAUGGAAGGUAAGAGAAGAAUUGUUCGUGAUGUUUGGUGAACAUGCAGCAGGUGGAGGCAACAACAAGAGAAUGUCUGUGGAAAGAAUCUAUCAGAAGAAGACUCAGCUCGAACAUAUAUUGUUACGUCCAGACACGUACAUUGGCUCUGUAGAGACUGUUACACAGUCAAUGUGGGUGAUGGAUAUUGAGGCGAAUCAGAUGGUACAGAAGGAUAUUACCUUUGUUCCAGGUCUCUACAAGAUCUUUGAUGAAAUCAUGGUGAAUGCGGCUGACAAUAAACAGAGAGAUGCUAAAAUGGACUGUAUCAAGAUAGAAAUUGAUCCAGAGAGCAACAAAAUCAAGGUGUGGAACAACGGGAAAGGUAUCCCUGUAGUUAUGCACAAGACAGAGAAGAUGUUUGUACCAACCAUGAUCUUUGGACACCUACUGACGUCAAGCAACUACGAUGACACUGAGAUGAAAGUUACAGGUGGUAGGAACGGGUAUGGUGCCAAGUUGUGUAAUAUCUUCAGCAAAAAGUUUAUUGUGGAGACCUCUUCCAACGAAUACAAGAAAGCUUUUAAACAGACAUGGUCUGACAACAUGUCUAAGACCAAGGAGCCCACAAUCACGGAUUCUAAGGAGUCAGACUUCACCUCAGUGACUUUCUACCCAGAUCUGGAGAAAUUCAAGAUGGAUAAGCUGAAUGAUGAUGUGGUUGCACUGUUUACUAGACGAGCCUACGAUAUAGCUGCCAGUUCUAAGGGGGUCAAAGUUUUUCUCAACGGCAAGAGGGUGCCUGUCAAGGGAUUUCGAGAUUACAUAGACUUGUACCUGAAAGAUAAAACAGAUGAUGCAGGGGCUCCGCUGAAAAUUGUCCAUGAGGUGAUCAAUGAGAGGUGGGAAGUGGCAGUAGCUCAGAGUGACAAGGGCUUUCAGCAAGUCAGUUUUGUCAACAGCAUUGCUACAACUAAGGGUGGUCGCCAUGUUGAUUAUGUUGCUGACCAGUGUGUUACCAAGCUCAUUGAUGUUGUCAGGAGGAAAAACAAGGGAGGUGUCAAUAUUAAACCUUUCCAGGUCAAAAAUCACUUGUGGGUAUUUGUGAACUGUCUCAUUGAGAACCCAACCUUUGACUCCCAGACCAAAGAGAACAUGACCAAACAGGCCAAAGGGUUUGGUUCCAAAUGUGUGCUGUCGGAAAAGUUCAUUCAGCAGGUGAACAAGUGUGGGAUUGUUGAGAGCAUCUUAUCCUGGAUGAAGUUCAAGGCACAGGCCCAGCUCAACCAGAAAUGCCACUCCUCGAAACAUUCCAAGCUCAAGGGCAUCCCCAAACUAGACGAUGCCAACGAUGCUGGCACCAAGAACUCGCAGUCCUGUACCUUGAUUCUCACUGAGGGAGACUCAGCCAAAUCUCUUGCUAUGGCUGGAGUGUCUGUCAUCGGGCGUGACAGAUACGGUGUUUUCCCACUGAAGGGUAAAAUGCUCAAUGUGCGGGAGGCCACACACAAACAGAUCAUGGACAAUGCUGAAGUCAACAACAUCAUCAAGAUUCUAGGUCUGCACUUCAAAGAAAACUAUGAUGAUCCAGAGAAGCUCCGGCAACUGAGAUACGGAAAGUUGAUGAUCAUGACUGAUCAGGAUCAGGACGGCUCACACAUCAAGGGACUCCUUGUCAACUUUAUCCAUCACUUUUGGCCCAGCUUGCUGCGGCACAAUUUUGUAGAGGAGUUCAUCACUCCCAUUGUCAAGGUUUCAAAAGCGAAGACGGAAAGAUCUUUCUACAGUUUGCCUGAGUUUGAGGAGUGGAAGCGAGCAACCGACAAUUGGCACACAUACAAGAUAAAGUAUUACAAAGGUUUGGGCACAUCCACAGCCAAGGAGGCCAAGGAGUAUUUUUCUGACAUGCAGCGGCACAGGAUCCCAUUCCAUUACGCUGGGGGCGAGGACGACUCUGCCAUUGUUCUGGCUUUUAGCAAGAAGAAAUGUGAAGAGAGGAAGGAGUGGCUGACUAAUCACAUGUUGGAGAAGAAGAGGAGAUUGGAGUUAGGGCUUCCAGAACUGUACCUCUAUGGCAAAGAAACACGCAGUAUCUCCUUCAGUGACUUUGUCAACAGAGAGCUCAUUCUCUUCAGCAAUGCAGAUUUGGUUCGCUCCAUCCCUUCUCUCAUGGAUGGCCUUAAGCCAGGUCAGAGAAAGGUCAUAUUCACCUGCCUGAAGCGAAAUCUCGUCAACAAGGAACUCAAGGUGGCACAGCUUGCAGGUUCUGUUGCUGAACAGUCUGCCUACCAUCACGGAGAGAAUUCUCUAAUGAGCACCAUCAUUGGCUUGGCACAGAACUACGUGGGCAGCAACAACUUGAAUUUGCUGCAACCUCUAGGUCAGUUUGGAACAAGAUUCCACGGCGGCAAAGAUGCUGCUAGCCCACGUUACAUUUUCACAAUGUUGAGCCCGCUUGCACGACAUAUAAUGAAUGCCAACGACGAUGCCUUGUUGACACACUUGUAUGAUGACAACCAGAAGAUUGAGCCAGAGUGGUACUGCCCUACCAUUCCCAUGGUGCUGGUCAACGGAGCUGAGGGUAUCGGCACUGGCUGGUCCACCAAGAUUCCAAACUACGAUGUCAGGGAGAUUGUGGCAAACAUUCACAGAAUGUUGGAUGGUCUAGAUCCGUUGCCAAUGCUGCCUUCUUUCAAAGGAUUUAAAGGUGUCAUUGAGGAUGUAGGCACUGGUGAUGGCCGUUACGCCGUACAUGGAGAGAUUGCAGUUAUUAACGAGACGACUUUAGAGAUCACAGAGUUACCUGUUCGAACCUGGACCCAGACAUACAAGGAAGAUGUUUUAGAGGUUAUGUUACAUGGCACUGAAAAGCAACCACCUAUUAUUACUGACUACAAGGAGUACAACACAGAAUCUUCUGUGAAAUUUGUAGUGCUGUUCAAUCAUGAGGGCUGUAUCAAAC